AUCCCGUGGAGCCCCACUCCUGUGAAGAAGAGGGAGUGCGUCUUCAAGAAGAGAAGUAACGAGACGGAAUGCUUCAACUUCAUCCGCAUCCUAGUUCAGCUGAACGAGAGCCAUCUUUAUACGUGUGGGACCUACGCCUUCAGCCCCACGUGUGCUUACGUUGAUGCAGAAAAUUUCACGCUGGUAACGGAUGCAAAAGGUCAGCCGCUCCUCCAGGAAGGCAAGGGGCUCUGCCCCUUCGACCCUCGGCACCAGAACACAGCUCUCAUUGUGGAUGGCGAACUUUACACGGGCACCAUGAAUAACUUCCAGGGAAACGAGCCGGUCAUCUCUCGGACCCUGGGCAGCCGGACCGUUCUGAAGACCGACAGCUUCCUUUCCUGGCUGCACGAUGAUGCUGUGUUUGUGGCCUCUUUCAACAUCCCGGGACCCCCUGAUGAUGAAAAGGUCUAUUUCUUCUUUGAAGAGACAGCCAAGGAGUUUGAUUUCUUUGAGAAGCUGACUGUGUCCAGGGUGGCUCGCGUCUGCAAGAACGACGUCGGAGGAGACAAGGUGCUCCAGAAGAAGUGGACCACCUUCCUGAAAGCCCAGCUCUCCUGCACCCAGCAAGGGCGGUUUCCGCACACCGUCAUCCAGCACGUCUUUGCUCUCCCGCAGCCGAGCGGCGGCACCCUCUUCUACGGGGUCUUUGCCUCUCAGUGGCAGGGCGGGAACUUUGGCAGCUCAGCGGUCUGUGCCUUCAGCCUGGAGGCCAUCCAAAAGGCCUUUGAUGGGAAGUACAAAGAGCUGAACAAGGACUGCUCCCGAUGGAUGACCUACAGUGGCCCGGCCAUGGAGCCCCGACCUGGCAGCUGUUCUGUUGGCCCCUCUUCAGAUAAAGCCCUCACCUUCAUGAAGGACCACUUCUUGAUGGAUGAGAAGGUUGCACCAAUCAAUAACCAACCUCUGCUGGUGAAGGACAGCGUGAAGUACACCCGUAUUACAGUUCACCAAACUCAGAAGGCCUGUGGGGCUCCCUGCACGGUCCUGUUUCUGGGGACAGACAAAGGCUUCCUUCACAAGGUUGUGGUGGUGGGCCACGAGGCUCACAUCAUCGAGGAGAUCCAGCUCUUUGAGAAGCCGGAACCUGUCCAGAACCUGCUGCUGGUUCCUGAGAAGGGGAUCCUGUACGUGGGCUAUUCCAAAGGUGUUUUACAAGUCCCAGUGGCCAACUGCAGCGUGUACAGCACCUGUGCCAACUGCCUGUUAGCGCGCGACCCGUACUGUGCCUGGGAUCGACACUCCUGCAGAGCUGUUUGGGACGACCCCAGCAAUAGGAGUGACUGGCUGCAGGACGUUGAGUGGGGGAAGGCGGAGGCCGCAUGCCAGCGCCACAGUGGGAAGGGACGAGCCGUGCCAAGGUCGAAGAACGACUCUGAUGGCAUCCAGCUGAAAGUGCUGACCCGUCCGCUGAAUUCCAUCGUGCGGCUGCCCUGCCCGCGGGUGUCUGCCCUGGCCAACUACUCCUGGAGCCACCCAGAGGGGAACCCCCCACCGCAGGAGGGGCUGGUUGUCCCAGACGACGCGGGACUGCUCGUUUUCGUGCACAGCCAGACGCUGGGCAAGUACGAAUGCUGGGCCCAUGAGAACGGCUACCAGCACCGGGUGGCGUCGUACGAGGUGCGCGCCGACCCCUCCUCGGACAGAGCCAGCGGCGCCAAGGGGGUCCUGGAGCAUCAGGCGGUGCCGGUGGGGGAGUGGCGCUCCUACUGGGUCCAGUUCGUGACUGUGACGGUGCUGCUCUCCAUGGCCUUGACGGUGGCGAUGGUUCUGGCGUUCUUCUCCUACCACGACAAGCUGAAAGCCAAAAGCAAAGUACAGGGCUGCAGCGCUCCUGAAUCCGGCAGGACCCUGGGGCAGGAGAAGGUCCCCCUCAACGGCAGCCAGAGCCCCCUGGGAGACAGGGAGCCCCAGACGCAGGGCCCUUUGCAGGAAGCCGCCGGCGGGGCCAAAUCCUGCUGCGUCCAGCUGGAAGGCAGGAUUCAGGACGUUGAUACAGACAAAAACCGCCUGGACUGCCGCCUCGUGAACGGGGAGGACACCCGAGCGACUGCAGCCGCGGGGGCCAUUUAGCUGGGUUUGGCCGGGAGCAGCGGCUUCGCGGGCGCUCGGGUGAGAACCAGA